AUGACACCAGAAAUGGAAACACCAACAGAUGAAGAAUUGUUUCAUGUGCAAGUAGAUGGAUUAGUUGCACAUCUAAGUGGUGAUCACUCUUUAUGUUGGGAUGAAAUAUGCUGGUUGAAAAAUAAUUCUGAAUUAGAGCUCAGAGAACCUCAUCUUUUAAAUUCUUCCAAUGCUGAAUACUUUUGGCAAUCUUUUGCUGCUUGUCAUAGUUUGGCAGUUGUUCAUCAUAAUGAAGGCAUUUUGGAAAUGAUAAAAAAAACUAGAUUGCUAAUGCUCGAGAUUCCCAAAGAACAAAAAAUUAUGCAACAAAAUCAAGAAUUAAUAUCUUUUGAUUUUGACCAAGAUUUAAUGCCAUAUGGAAAAGAGUUUCAAAGAAAAGUGGCAUCAAUUGAAUACAAACCUUCAUUUGCACAUUUGAUUCAUGAUUUUAACACAAUUUCUAGAUGUUUGGCAUGUCAUAGUUUUCCAAAGGUGUCUUCAUCAGGACUUUGUCAUGCAUGUAACUUUUAUCUUAAACAUAACAUGCAUAAUAGAUUUCCUGAUAAGUCUUUCCAAUUACCAAAUCAAUCAUCAUCACCUGAUAAUCCUCCUUCGAUUACACCACUGAUUACUGAAUUUUUUAGGUAUUCGGGAUAUAGAGAAUGUCAAAAAGAAAGCAUAAUUUCCUUUGUAGAAGGCCUUACUGUAGUUUUCAGCCCUUUGAAAGCUCUCAUAGAUGAUCAAGUGAUUGAAGUCACUAAAAUGGGUAUUCCUUGUGCUGGUCUUUAUACUUCAAUUGGACAACCAGCAUCUUACCAAAAAAAAGUAUUUGAAGAGUUAUCUUUUGGUUUUAUAAAAAUUCUUUUUGUGACUCCUGAAAAGUUUGAUAAAAACAUUGGAUUUCAGAAAAUGCUUUACAGAAUAUAUGAAAAGUUUGGUUUACAUUUCAUAAUCGACAAGGCACACUGUGUUAAAGAAUAUAAAUAUUUUAGACCAUCAUGGAGCAAUUUGGGAAAAUUAAGAGACAUGUUUCCAGGUUCUCCCAUAAUGAUGUUAACAGCUACUUGCUCCAGAGAAGAUGCUGGCAUAAUUUGUAAUUCCCUCAAUGUAAGACCAGGAAAUCUUAAUAUAAUUCGUAGCUCUUCUUUUUCACAUCCAGAAAUCACAUUGGAUAUCUGCCCAAAAGGAUCAAGGGAAAAAAUGAUUGGUGAUAUAACCAACUUAAUAAGUGAAAUUCAAAAUGGAAAGGUUAUAAUAUAUUGUGCAACUGUAAAAAGUUGUGAAGAAACUCUUGCACAAUUAACCAGUAGGAUCAACCCUACAUUUAAUAUUGAUAUAUAUCAUGGAGAAUUAGAUGGUUUGCAAAAAAGUCAAACAAUGCAAAAAUGGAAAAAUGGUUAUAUUCAACUUAUGAUUGCAACAAAUGCUUUUGGAAUGGGAAUCAACACAGCAGACAUUCAACUUGUUGGGCAAGCAGGGAGAGAUAGAGUUGAAUCAAAAAGUGUUUUGUUUUUCUCAAGAAAUGAUAUUAGAUCUGUAUAUGGAAUUGUUACUAGUGGAAGAGAAAGAUUUGCUAAAGAUAAACCUAGUUUGUAUGAUAUAAGCAGUGAUGUGCUUAGAAUGUUAGAAGUAGUAGAUGCAGUAGUUGAUUUUUUGAAAAGAAAACAGAAAGAUACUACAAGAGAUGAUAUUAUAGAAAAAGGGCUUUCAGAAUUGAUGAUCUAUAAAACUACGAAUAACAAAACCAUAAAACGUCAGAAUGAUGCAUUACAUUUACUUGAUCAACUCAUUAUUAAUGGUCUUGUUUUGAGUGAUAUUGUUUUACGUAAAUUGCCUAAUCUUUCUAAUUUCCAUUGUUAUAUAGCAAUAAUUGGUUUAAAAGAAGAUUCAAUAACAGAAGCAAUGUCUAAAAAAUGGCAAACUCUUUUAAAAAAUUGA